AUGCCGAUCUCGUUACUACCCGCCUCGGCUGCUGCCUUUGCGCCACGAUCAACCGUCAACGUCGUUCUCAACUCAAAAGUCGAGCCAUGGCUAACACAGACGUUGAAGAGAGUGAACCGGGUUAAGCGGCCAUUGAACAGCGUACAACAACACACGCGGUGUCUCACAGAAACCCUUUCCGGCCCCAACGCUAUGUGGUCACUAUGCUCCAUCAUGGUUCCGAAGGCCCCAGAUUCGGAACUGCGCAGGGACUCCAACCCGCUGGUCGAAGCUCUGUUCAACUACCAGCUCAUCCACAUCGAGGCAUACGUCGUACAUGUCGACAUGGUUUCACAACAUGAGGUUGCAUUCAAGCUUACACCAGAGACCAUCGAAGCGCUUAUCGAGUACCACAAGGACAUCUACUCGGUCGACGUGUCCGCUAGCACCUGGGAGUGGGCCGUGAAGGAGCAGCAGUUGAAGAAGCUCCAAGACGGAUUCGUACAGGCUGUCAACCGCUAUGUGUUCCGCACUGGCGUCAAGGCGCUCGAAGGAUUGGAGGAGGAUGGCGCGGGAGAACUACUCGAGGGACGAGGUGAGGACGUCAAGAGCGCCAUCAUGGGAUUGUUCCUCCCGCUGCUGCCUCCCCCACCCAGGAUCGUCGAUGUUGUCCGACCAGCACCACUUCUCCCGAGCUCACAAGGAACCGCCAACUGGUGGGUGCCAACACAGCACAUGCAACAGUCACACCCUGCUCCAGUUGACUCGUGGAGGGUGGUCCCAUCGACGCCGAGCCCGACGAUUCCAUCCUGCGGUGAAACACAGCCAUCCUUCUGGAGCACAAUGGGCACCAUGGGCUUCGAAGCUAUUCAGCUCCCGUCACCGACACCAUCCUUUAGCCAGCCAUACAACUCGACGAGCCCGUACAGCUCGAGUUCGUACUACAGCCCGCCUCCCGUAUCUGCACCGAUACCCGCCCUUCCUCUGCCGAGCGUGCUAGCCCAACAAUGCGGGUCAAGCGCCGUGCACGGAGGGUUCGGCGGAUUCGGGUGGGACACGGGAUUUGCACCACAGUACGCAGCAUUCACAUAA